AUUCUCGCCUUUCAUUGCUCAUAUGCUCUCCGCCUCGAGCUCACGCUGUUACCGGAUAUCUAGUCGGCAGCAGAGCCGUUUCACCACUAUUCGCUUGUUUUUUGUUUUUUUUAAAAACCCGUUUUCGUCGAGUUUAGAGUAACGUGUCAUGGUUUAAUACUUCUUAUUUUUAUGUUACAAAAGCAAACAAUCUCUUAGUUUUGAGGGUUUGUUACUCCAAGGGGAAGUACUUUAUAUCGGUUAGUGGAAUGAGACUUAGCGGCUCGUUUCUCUGUUCUUAUAAAGGAGCGGAGGUAGCCUGUACGGGUUUCACCACCGAGCAGCCAGCGGCUACAACACCCGCUAGAAAACUGUAAAUCAUCCGGGACGGAAGGCGGCUGUAGCGGGGGAAACCCAGGGAGGCCACCAGAGUUCACCAUGGCGAGCGACGGUUGUGGCAAAGAGGACCUGCAAGAGGACAUCCGCAUGGACUCGGGCAUUGAGUCUUACGGCUCCAUACUAACUUCGGAGGAGCCCCGGGAACCGAGCAGCGAUUUCAGCGGGCCGAGGGACAAGUUUUCCACCGGGGAGGAGCGCCUGGACUCAGCCUACACGUCCUCGUCCCUCACGGUGGAGAGCCUGUCGGACAUCAUAGAGGGUUGCACUAUCUCCAACGCCGAGGAUAUGCAAGCAAAGAUGCCUGAACUUUCUGAACAAGAGAAUUUACUCACAACUAUUACAGAAGAUGGAGACACAAUCCUCCACCUAGCGAUCAUCCAUGAGGAUAUAUUCAUCUCUCAAGAGUUGAUACAGCUGUUCCCAAAAGAAGCCCUGGACAUCCAGAACAAUUUAUAUCAGAGCCCGCUGCACCUGGCCACCUACCUGGACCUGACGCAAGUCGUGUCCACCCUGAUGAAGAAGGGGGCCAGCCUGGAGCUGCAGGACCAGGACGGAAACACGCCGCUCCACGUGGCGUGCCAGCACGGGCAACAAGAGUGUGUAACAGAAAUGACCAGAGACCUUCCUCCGAGCUCACUGACGCCUGUUCUGCAGACCCAGAACUGGAGAGGUCUUACUUGUCUUCACCUGGCAGCACUGAACAAGCAGCAUCAUAUCAUGAAGCUCUUGAUGAAAAAAAAAGCAGAUCUUAACAUCCAGGAGGGAACUGCUGGCAAAACAGCUCUCCACCUCGCCGUCGAGCUGCACGACAUGACAUCGGUGACGCUGCUGCUUAAGGAGGGGGCCAACGUGGACGCUCCCAUGUUUAACGGCUGCACGCCGCUGCACCUCGCCGUAGGCAGACAAGACGCGCGAAUCGCCGACCUCCUCUGCCAGUGGGGCGCCGACAAAAUGCUGCGAAACAUGGAAGAUGAAACGGCGCUGGAUCUGGCCGACGGAAACAAUGAUAUUCUGGCGCUGUUUCCAUUUGAUGACAUCCAUAUCUCCGGAAGGUCGGUGGUGACGUUUUGAACACUGCCAGAUGACAGAGUAUAGCACACCUGGAGCCUGAAUGCAGCUGGAACUUUUUGAUUUAAAUAAUUAAAGUUUUUUAACUAAGUUGUUUAUAAAAUAGUGGCUUUAUACGUAGUUGACUCUAAUAUCUAGUGAGAAAUGUGCACCAUAUUAGUCUGCUCUUCUGAUGGGAAAUGGAGCGAUUCCGCUUAAACUGAACACUGAUUUACAAAAACAGGAUCAGGAUGUGUUGUUCUCAACUUCAAAAUGUGCCCCGAUGCAAGUGCCAAACUAUCAACGUAGGUGACCCCAAAAAUGCUACCUCUUCUACAAAUGGAAAUUGUUUUAGUUCAUUUUAAAGGCUGUCUGUGUUCAUGUUUCAUGUUUGGUUUUUAGAGAAUGCAUUCGUAAGCAGAUGAUAUUUUGGUUUCCUUUAAAUUGCAAAAUUUACCUUUCUGCAAACUAAUUGCACCCCUGCUUAUGACAGCAAACUGAUAGCCAGUAUAAAAAAUGUAAUAUAUUAAAAAAUAAAACGCAGCUUAAUGUUUUUUCUUUUUUUUUUAAGGUUUGCUGCUUUGUGAUGUAGGACAAAGUAUCUAUUUAUCUCUUCUUGUACUCUUUGUCUGCAGAAAGCCGCAGAUGUUCUUUUGCAUGUAAUUACACUGGCCUCUCUUGCUGCAACGAGCAGUUCAUUUAUUUUGUAAUAAAAGUUAAAACAACA